GACGAACCAUCUGUAGGUUUGGGUCCUGUCGCUGCUCGUGCGUCAAAAGAGAAAGAGAAAGAGAAGAUGUUCUUCCACAUAGUACUGGAGCGGAACAUGCAGCUACACCCGCGCCACUUUGGCCGCAACCUCCGCGAGAACCUCGUUGCCAAGCUCAUGAAAGAUGUCGAGGGCACCUGCAGUGGUAGACAUGGGUUUGUGGUGGCAAUAACGGGCAUAGAGGACAUUGGAAAAGGGUUGAUUCGUGAUGGGACAGGGUUUGUGUCAUUUCCGGUGAAGUACCAAUGUGUUGUAUUCAGACCAUUUAAAGGGGAGAUUUUAGAGGCUGUUGUAAGUAUGGUGAACAAGAUGGGAUUUUUUGCCGAAGCCGGGCCUGUUCAAAUUUUUGUUUCAAACCAUUUGAUACCUGAUGAUAUGGAAUUCCAAUCUGGAGAUAUGCCAAAUUAUACUACUUCGGAUGGAUCAGUUAAGAUACAGAAGGAUAGUGAAGUGCGCUUGAAGAUAAUUGGGACUCAAGUUGAUGCUACAGAAAUUUUCUGCAUUGGUACCAUAAAAGAUGAUUUCUUGGGUGUGAUAAACGAUCCUACAGCCGGAUAGGGGGUUGCUAAUGCCGUUUUCUUUGCUGGUUUUACUCGCUUGUCUGGCAUUCUUUAUAGUUCCUGUUGUAUAAUUUUUAGCAGGGUGGAUUGUUUGUACGUUGGGUGGCUGAAGCUUUUAUACUGGUGGGUUCUAUUUAUUUAACACCUAAUCAAAGUGGGUCUUUCAGUUGUAUGUCACGAGGAAUUGGAAGGAACGAAAUAUUUGUACCGAGCAGUGCAGUAUUGCCGAAUGGGUUGUCUUCUGGUUUGCUGAAAUUAUCAAGUUUUUGGAAAAUGUUUUAUUUA